GAAUAUGGCGGCUACCAUGGCUGUGCGGUAAAGAUAUUUGGUACUACACUUUUGUUUUCACGUGGUUAUUCUGCGAAUUUCUGGAUCAUGGAUGAAAAGAUCAUUCGUUUAUGCGAAGAGAAUAAUGUCCCUUCUCUUGUUCAGGCGCUCUCAACACUCAAAAAUCAAAAGGUUGUAGACCUGUUAGAAGCCAGAGCUGUCGAGGGAAGGGGAGAACCACUUCCAUAUCUUCAAGCUGUAUUCAAAGGUUCACCUUGUGAUACUAAAGUUGGCUUAGACAGACGAACAUUUGUGUUCAAGCAUGGUAUUCAAAUAUUGAAUGAUGGUGAUCUCAGUAAUAAGGUUGCUUCUGAAGUUGUGGGAUUUUUACUAAUGGAGUUGGAUGCAUUCCCUGGUAGAACUCUUGCGGAACUAGCAGACCUGUUCUUAAAUGCCAUCAAGAGUGGUUCUCUGAGCAAUGGAAAAUCAUUAGAGCUGUUCCCCAAGAUAUUGUCUGCUGUAGCAGCCAAGGAAUUCAUCCCAAUGGUGGGAGAUGGUGGAGGUGAAAUGGCAGGCCAGGAAUAUAAAAGGCAUCUCCUCAACACUCUUUGUUCAAGCAGAUGGGAUCCACAAUGUGCAAUUCAUUUGGCUGCCGUCUUCAGGGAUGUGCCAAUGACUUCUGAUGAGUUACGGUUUGUUAUGGAGAAGAUUGUAAGAGCAAUGAGAGACCUUGAUUUUCAAGAGCUUCCUCCACUUGUGUAUCAGCUACUGCUGCUUUCUACAAAGGGUCACAAGCAGCUAGUUCUGGAGGGAAUAACAUCCUUUUUUAACAACAUGGACAAUACAUGCCGUAAAGAAGACAAAGAAGAUAGCUCAGAAGUUCAGACAUUGUCCAAGGAUCAGUUGCGGCACAUGGAAGGAACAGUGAUCUUGCACAUAACAUUUGCUGUCAAACAGGAUCAGGACUUGGGAAAGGAGUUUAUUAAAUACUUAAAGGCUCACCAAAGUACUCCAGGUGUGGUUUUGACUCCUUUCAACAUGGCCUUAGCUCUGUCCAUUGCACAGAUCCAUAGAUUUGAGGAAACAAUAUUUGACUUUUUAAAGUCAGCAGUGCUAAGGAGUUUUAAGGAUGAAGACAGAAGGAAACAAUCCAAAUGGGUUAGAGGUAAUUAUUUUGUAAUGAUUCUACUGGUUAAGGCAAGUCACCAGGGGAUGGUUAAAUUAAAGAAUAGGGCUUUGUCAUACUACUAUGUAACUGGCGAAGUUUGUAAUCUGUUGCCUCUUCAUUGUAGCUUGUUUGGUUGGGAUCAUGUGACCCAGGGACUAGUGCAGCUGGGCUUUACUCUAAUGGAUGCAUUUGGUCCCAAGAUUUUUGAUUCCACUUCCUCACCAAACCUUACUCCAACACAGUAUGCAUACAAGCUUGGAUCUUCAAUUCUGCUAGAUACUUUUAAGGCUCAUGAGAUGGUAAGAUGUGAAAUUCUUCAGCAAAUCCUCAACAGAGUAAUCACCAAGGCAACAACGCCUGUCCACCAUUAUAUCGAUCUCUUGGCCAGUACUGUUUCUUCAGCACCACAUGUGUUGUUGGAGUCAUUGCCAAGGAUUAAAGAGGCUCUAGACUAUCUGUCCUUCUUACCACCAAAGUCAGCAGAGGGUUUUCUCAAGGCCAUCCAGCCGCUGUUGAAGAUCAGCUUAUCCUUAAGAGAUUCUCUCAUUCUUGUGUUAAGAAAAGCCAUGUUCUCAAGGCAAGUUGAUUCGCGUAAGAUCGCAGUGACAGGAUUUCUCCUUAUUCUCAAACAUUUCAAGAUUUUAGGAGGAAGUAUGCCAUCGAGUCAGUCUGGUAGUCAGCUGAGCCAGACAUUAUCACAUUCUAGUCAGAUUCAAGUGGAUGUCCAUGUCAGAGGUGGUGGUGUCGGGAAUGAAGCACUAUGCUUAGAGAUAUUAGGAAACCUUCGCAGGUGUCUUACUCAGCAAGCAGAUGUAAGAGUGCAGCUUUACGAGGGUUUGUUCUAUGUGCUGUGUAGGAACCCUCAGUUACAACAACCAAUCUUGGACAUGUUUAAUAAUCAGUUUCAGAAAUAUUUUGAGUCAGAUGAAAGUGUCAAUCCUCCAGUGAAAGUGGAACCAUGUUUGUCAGCUGCAGGGGACCAGGUCUACCUAACUGAGCCACUGGCACAUUUGCUGUGCUACCUACUUCACUCAAUGGAAAAAUGUAUUGAAAAUCACAAUCAAGAUGAAAAUGAAGAAAAUGGUAAGUAUUUUUUUGAUCUUCUUAUUUUUUGUUUGUUUGCUUCUAGUGCUGAAUCAGUUGAAGAGAUUCUGCAAUUAUUUGGAAAUUAUCACCAACUCUCAGAGAUAUUGAAGGAAAAGGCAAACACUACUGGGAAGAAAGGGCGCUCUACAGCUGGGAAACAAGGAGCUAAGAGCAUGCUGUCACUUGAAUGUUCUGCAUCAUUGUUAAGAGCAUUGUUCAGUGACACAGCUCCAAGUCACCAGCAAAGUUUAACUGCAUUGAGAGGUUCAAGAGAUUUAGUCAAGUAUGCUUUAAAUACAGCUCUUCAAAAACUCAAGGAGAUCCAUGACAAUGCAAUUUGUUCAGGACCUGGUGGCUCUACUAAAGAGAAUGUUUACAAACAUUGUUACUCAGGUCAGGAUGGCGACGGAGGUGCAACAAAUGAUGCAAGUAACCAAGAAGCUGUUUAUUCACAAAUAAAAAAAUUCCAGAACAAUGUAACACAAACACCAAGUCGUGAUUUGAAACAAAACUGUUUCUUAGGCAAGAUUCCCUUUAAUAUGUCUUUUUUUUUUAAAUUUCAGUUCAAUCAGUUGCAGGCCUGGGCUCAGAGAAUUUGUGCUGAUCACAAUGUUGAUGAUCCUUCACUUACUAAGUCUUUGAUGUCACUGUUGUAUUCUUUGACUUUCCAGUGCAAAACAAGCGCAGGCUUGGUGCGUGAUGUUGCCCAAGAUGUUCACAGCCAGCUUGGAGAUGUAGAUGAGGAAGUUGAAGUUGAAGACAGAACACACUUUGCAAUUAUCAACCCAAGAACUGCUGCACCUACUGUUGCGAUCCUCUUGGUAAGCCAGAUUGAGAAGAUUGUGGAUGAAAUGGACUGGGCACUUGUUAAGGUCAAAGGAGACAUAACAUUAUUAGUGACAGGAAUGGCAGAAGAGAAGGUUCCAGAUUCCCCUGAUAGUUGCCCUCGUGGUUUGUUAGAGCAAGCCUUGUGUCAUCGCCUUUGCACUGUUGUAGCUGCUCUUCAUGAACUGUCCCAGUCUGCUCUUCCUGAUGGUCCUUGUACAGAAGCAACCCUGAAGUUGUUUUCUCAUCAGGCAAAAGUAAUGAAGGAGGUGAAGUCAGUACCAAACUUGAUAUAUGCAAUUGAACAGUAUGAGCGUUACCUCAUACAGCUCUCUAAAAAGUCCAAGAUUAAUCUGAUGGAGCACUUUAAGCGCAGUACUGCAAGAGACUUCCGUAUCAAUGGUGCUACACUGGAGGCCGCUCUGAGACAGGAGUCAAGUGAUGAAGAGGAGGAGCAUGAUGAUGAAAAUGAUGACCAACAAGAUGAGAAUAAAUCUGAAGAAGAAAACCAAGAACCUCCAAAGAAAAAGGAGAAAAUAAUGACCACGAACAAGAAUGCAGGCAAGCUUAGUCUAAAGCAGAAAGCUUCCAACCAACUACUAUCACAUGGAAACAAGUAGAGACAUACCUAGCUUGUGAGAGCAGACCUUUUAUGGCCAAAAAAGUAGUCCACUCUCGCAGACUAAGGGGUGCCUGGGUCGUGGUCACUUCUCAGUGUCAAGCAUGCUUGUCUGACUCAGCGAUAGGAUUUCCUAUAUGCUACCUAACGACUUCCUUUCAUGGAAACCUUAGUCGAAAACUUGUUAAUGCAGUUUUGUUAUUGUAGCACAAUCGUCCUUAAUUUGGGACAUCUGCUCCAAU